GGAGGGGCCACAUUGGGUGCAUGCCGACACCUAUGUCCGCGGCUUACACGGCCGCUGAUUGGAGUUCAAGGACGAACGCCUCAAGUCUGUUAAAAUCUCCGCAAGCAGCUAUGCACCAGCAUUCCGCCCCCGAGGGCAAGUCCAAAUUUUGUCACGUGGAGCUUACUCCCGAGGUGGAGGGAAGUAGCCCGUUCAGGCUGGCCUCAUGACAGUCAUGCGCAGGACCCCGAGACCCCGGACUACAGCUCAUGAAAUCAAGGAGAUUGAGAAGUGUAUAUAUGCCAUUAGCCCACCACAUUAUCCGUAACGAUUCGACCAAUUCAGAUACCCAUCAUCACUAUGACAUCGAUAACGCAACAAAAUGCCAAAUACGUCGAUUGGCGCACAUACAAGGCCAACGGAGUAAACCUGGGUAGUUGGUUCUGUCUGGAGACUUUCAUGGUCCCGAAAUUCUUCGAGGAACACGGUAACACUCACGAUGAGUGGACGGCGUGCGAGCAGUUUGGUGCGGCCGGUCCAGCCCUUGAUAAGCACUACAAGACUUGGUUCACCAAAGCCGACAUUGACACAUUUGCAUCUCGCGGAGUCAAUGUCUUGCGCAUACCAUUCGUCUAUGCAGCAUGGAUCAAAGUGCCGGGCUCGCCGCACUAUCACGGACCUCAAGUUGAGAUCAUGAAAGAGUUGGCUACGUAUGCAAUCGAGGAAUACGGGAUGCACAUCGUACUCGACCUACAUGCUCUGCCGGGAGGUGUCAACUGGUUGGAGAUAGGGGAGGCCCAUGGGCAUGGCGCCUGGUUCUACAGUGAAGAGAAUCUAGAGCUAUCGUAUCAAGCGGUAGAUGCAGUCCUGAACUACAUCCAAAAUGGAUCUGGACACCCAGGAUCCUACACCCUCGCUCCUGUCAACGAAGCUGUUGACAGCAAGGACCUACGAACGUUCGGUACCCCAUUUGCACUCUCCGAAAAAGCAGCAGACUGGCUAUUAAAGUAUAUUCUCGGCGUGAUUGAGCGAACUGAAGCUCUUAACAGGAGCAUUCCCAUUAUGUUCCAAGAUUCCUUCAAAGGAGAAGAGUACUGGUCAAGCCGGUUGCCAGAAUCAGCAAACAUCGUCAUCGACGUUCACAUCUAUUAUUUCGCUGGGCGACAGGCCGACUCUGCCACUGUCCUUCCACUCAUCGAAGAAGACGGCAAGACGGCAAACAAAACGCAGAAAUUUCCUGUGGUCAUCGGAGAGUGGUCAAUUGAAACAGAGCUCAAUAACCAGCUGAGAAAGCGCAAAGAGCUGUUCGAAGCUGGCCGGGCCUCGUUCAAUAAGCAUACGCAGGGCAACAUCUACUGGUCGGGGAGGGUCGACAGCGAUGCAAAGGUUGCUGGUGAAGGCGGCAAGCGCGAUUACUGGAGUUAUCUAGACAUGAUCAAAGACGGCGUCGUGACGCCAUGGGAGGGUUAG